CAGUAAAUGACACUGUUUGUCUUCUCCAGUGGGUGGUGUCUAUGAUCUGUGCACACUUGUCUAACAUCUUGGCUGUUGUUGGACUAGAUUGAGAAGUAGAAGAAGGAGAAGAAGAAGAUGGCUUGAGAUCUAAGUCCUAUCACUUGCUCUACAUUUCUCCUGCUUUUCCUCUUUCAUGUGGAUGGAGUUGAGAAGUGAAAGCAGGAAACAAGCUUCACUUCAUCAAAAGAUUGCUCUAAUUAUUUUCUGCAUUUCUCUUUUCUUCAUUUCUGUUUCUGCUCUUCUAGUUCAAACUGAUAUUUCAAGAUUGAGAACUGGUUCACAAAUUCAGAGAUGGAGUAAUGAAGUGGGUUUGGGCCGAAGAAGGCUUGGUGGGCCGGGCUCACACCCGCCACGUUGCGCAGCUAAGUGCGGCAGCUGUGCCCCUUGCCUCGCCGUGCACGUGACCGUGCCGCCGGGCACGCCCACCCCCGCCGAGUACUACCCGGAAGCCUGGCGUUGCAAGUGCGGCAACCGUUACUACAUGCCUUGGCUUAACCAUUCCAAUUAAUAACCUUAUUAUUAUUAUUAUUAUUAUUAUUUUAUUUUCUUCAAUUUUAGUUUUUUUUAUUUAAAUGUUUAUUAUUAUUGUUAUUAAUUAAAUAUGUUGGUAUUUGGAAUGGUCUUGUAUUGUAAAUAAUGAUG